UGUACUGUGUGGCAGUAUUGCGACGGUAAGUACUAGGUGAGACUCUUCAACUGAUUGGCUGAACUUUGAAAGAAAAUAAGGACGGACUAUGGAUAGCUAAUAGCGCCGGAAGAGUGAAUCGCCCCUAGCUAGACCAAGAACAUGGCAUUAAAGGGGUUUGAUUUUGUGGCUUUUAUUAAAAAAAAUAAUGAUCGCCAAAAGGUGUGAAUCGAACCACAGAAUGUUUGAAAUGACAAUACGCUAUGAUGGAUAAUUUACAUUUUUACCGUCUAGACUCUUUAGCGAAGCUAGGUGUUUUUGCGUCAGGCUAAAAGCAUGGAUAUAACACGAUGAUAUUAUCACCAUGAUUCAGUCGAAUCAAGAUACUAUACUACCGGAGUACCGAGAACUUUUAGCUCUAAAGAAACAUGAUUAAAUAUUGAGGUAACUUUUAGUGAUAUAAUACGGAGUAUAGAAUGAUACACAGAACUCUAAGGAUCAAUUUCUACAGGACAAUGACGGGGAAGCUAUCAAAGGAGACUGUAUUUGCAUUGUUGACACUAAUCCUAGUGUUAUGCCCGAGACAGGGAGAGACCGCACAAUGCGAGGCAAUUGAGAUUAAAUUAUGUCGGGCAAUGCCGUAUAACAUGACACGGAUGCCUAACCUUCUCCACCAUAGCACACAAGAAAACGCGAUCUUAGCGUUCGAACAAUUUGAGCAGCUUAUCAAUACGUCAUGCUCUCAAGACGUCCUUUUGUUUUUCUUAUGUUCCAUGUACGCGCCGAUAUGUACCAUAGACUUUCAACAGGACCCCAUCCCGCCAUGUAAGGGGGUCUGUGAGGAAGCCAAGAGGGGGUGUCUUCCCAUCAUGCUCAAGUACAACGUCUCGUGGCCCGAGGCACUGGAGUGUGAACAGCUCCCUCUAUACGAUAAAGGCGUCUGUAUCUCCCCAGAGGCAAUCGUAACGUCCCCACCUAAAGGCAAACCCGAAAAGCCAGAAGUCAAAAAAGAGUGUAAAUGUCCAAAACAACCUAAAUUAAGAAAAAAAUUAUAUUCACAGAAAAAAUUCACUUAUGUUAUAAAAGCAUCAGUUGAAAACUCACAAGUCUCCGCUACGGCGUCUCGGCGUCACGUCAUCACACAAGUGAAAGUGAAAGAGGUUCUAAAACAUAGCAGUGCAAUCCCCAUCAAAGUGGACAAUUUCGUUGAGCUUUGGACCAACGACACGUGCGUUUGCCCGAAGUUGGCUGAUAAUAAAGAUUAUCUAAUCAUGGGGCACGAGGAUCAGCUAAUCUCUAAGCUAUUAUUUAAUGCGGGGAGUGUAGCUGUACCGUAUAAAGAGAAAUGGAAGAAACGUGUCAAGAAAUGGGACAGUCGUGGAAGAGGUGGUAAAGGCAGGAAACGGGACAGGAAGAACAAAGAGAAUCGCAGUAGGGGAGAGAAAGAUAGUAAGGGAGGCAAAAGCAAAAAUAAGGGAGGCAAAAAGGAAAAUAGACGCAAAAAUAAAAAUGGUAGAAGGAGAAAGAAGGGUGAUAGAGAGAGAAAAACAACAACUAGUGCAAAUGGGGCAAGAUGAUGGAUUAAAUACACAAUUUAUAGCCCACCCUUCACUGCAGAGCCACACAAUGUAGAUAUAUAUGAGAAUGAUAGGCUUGGCCUACAGAGUGGGCCGCACAUAGCCUGUCCAAUCAUAAGCCGCACAAUACUACGCCAGCACAAUCACAAAACAGGAUGAUGUGUCCUACUCAGUCACAGCAAUAAUACGUGGCUAGAUGGUGUUUGUAAUAUAACUGUAAAUAA